UUGUCAUCUGUGUACUGAGAAGUUAGGUGUGGACACGUUGACGUUUUGAUAUUGACAAAAAGUACUGCUGUGAGUCGUGAGAGUUGUGACGUGUUUGAAGGAGGUAGAAAAAAAAGGUUAAAAAACUGUGGAAAAACUACAGAAAUGUAUAAUUUCAAACAACUCAUUUUCGGUAUUUUGGUUCUACAAACAGUUUGCCUUCUCAUACAGGGUAGCAUAACAGGCUACAUAGAUUCUACAGAUAAGCAGAAAUUCCUACAAAUACUGUCUAGCACGUUAGAUCCAACAAACGAUGAUAUUGCCUCUCUAUACUAUGGUGCAAAAGGAUUGCAAACUCUUAAGCAAGAAAUUAACAAGGCAAAGAUCCCUGAAUUGUGUAAAACUUUGAAAGCAAAGUUCAGCCCUUCAGAGAGCUUGGAAAAUGCUUUCUUUUCUCUUGGUACUUGGAAUGUUCUAGGAUGCCAGGGAAAGCUGCACGAGGAAAAGUUCAUCAAGGACUUACCAUCAAUCUUUAAUUAUGAGAACACACCUAUAUCAGACAUCCGUUAUGCUCUGGAGAUCCAUUAUCUCCUGAAAUACCAAAUUCCACAACCCCAGAAUGUAGCCAAAGCAAUUGUUAAUCGUCUGAAGAAAGAUGACAGCCUUUCUGAACUAGGGCAUGCCCUACAUGCAGCUGCUCUUUUGGGCGGAGAGAAAGGUAAUGGAAAAUUUGGAGGAGAAAGGGCAGAGGAAGCCAUAGCUAGGGCAGAUGAAUUGAAUGGAAGGUUAUUGCAAUGGGAAGGAGGAUUGUCUGUUACAUCAUUGGUUCUUACUGGGUUAUUAGGCCUACAGCCAACAGGAACACAGGUGCCAUUAACAGCUGCGCAGGCUGAUAAGGUAGCUAGCUAUUUGCUAACAAGAAGAACAGUACCAACUGCUAAAGGAGUGUUAGCUCUGUUAGAGGCUGCCCAUGCCUUGGCUGAUAGUCCAUUCUCUCCUGUCAGUAUUACUAUCAAGGGUCCCCCAGUAGUGACCUCCGACCAGCCAGAUUUGCGCGUCUAUGUUGGCGACCUCCUCGGUCGCCCGAUUCGCGCGGCCGCCCCUGUGGUCGCCCAAUCAGCGACUCGCUUGGCCGACGACGUGGUCGUGUUGGCUAAGCAGCCACUCGUGCCUAGCUCCGCUCAAGGAGAGUUCAAAUUGCCGCUGAAGUUGGAUCCUAGUUUGUACAAGAUCGCUUUGAAUACCGCUAAUGGCGCUUCAGCCUCAUUCGAUGUCAGGGUUUUGGGACCGGUUGAGGUACAUUGGUUGGAGGUGGGCGUUUCUGACGCAGACGGCGGCGGCAUCCCCUCCCAACCGCACCGCAUCCGCUACCCGUCCGGCAAACUCCAAAACCGCCUCCAAGCCGAUGCCGGCCAGCGGUUGGUCGCUCGCGUCGCGCUAUCACGCCCCCUCCAUCAAGUAUUCAUGCGAUUGGUGCACAGCGAGGUUGGGACGGAGAUCGUCUUCGUUGCGGAGCAGGAGAUUGGAGGGGCGUCUGGAGAUAAGGACGCGAAGAUAUAUAAGGUGGAAGUCAAUCCAGGGGAGGAGCUGGCAGCGUCUGGGGUGUACGAUAUUGAGAUGAUAUUGGGAGAUACCGUUAUUACGAAUCCAGUCAGGUGGAAUAUCGGGCAGGUGGAAAUGCAUAUAGGCUAAAUGAGAUCCGUCGCAGACGACGCCUGGGAACUUGACUGAACAAGAACAAGGCCGUCGUCUGCAUACGCGAAGAAGCCGGAUUUGGUAACGCAGUGGCGAAACCCAGCAAGAAACUCAGCUCCAGUGCUUCAUCAGUCAUCUCCCGUCGAGGCCCAAAACCCGAAAUUCAACACCAAUUUCGACCUAAAGACCGCCGACCAUCAGCAUUGGUCUCUUACCUAUUCACAGGGUUAACCGCAGCACCAUGGCUUGUCCUGUUGGUACUCUGGGUACAAGUUGGUGCUGGAAUAGAUACCAGCAAGUUCCAUGCUACCCUGGCCAUUCCGUACCAUCUAUCACUGGCAUCAGUCUUGGGGUUGUACACCCUGUUUUGGUUGAAACUUGACAUGUUUUCCACGUGUGCGUGGUUGGCACCAUUAGGUGCUAUUACGCUCCUCACAGGCCAUAGGCUGUUGGUUAGGCUUGCCGCAUCUAAGGAGAAGCCUGAGAAGUAAAAAGUUGGGGUUUUUGUGUUGUUUUUUUUUUGUAUGUGGAGACCGUUUUUAUGUUGUAGUUUCUACUACAAGUUUUGGUUGAAUUUCGAAGGCAGGAUAUUUGAAUAAAAUUUUGGUGUUCAAGAAAUAGUUUAGGAUUGUUUGCAUUACAGUCCUCUUUAUCGACAAACUACAAAUUGUCAAUGACAAUGAGCGAAUCAAGAGAUUUAACCAAAUUUUGUACCAGAAGAUGUGUAAUCUUUAUACGGGUGCACAUUGGUUUUUGUAAGCAUUUGUCGCAUAAUCUAUAAGUGUAGAAACUAAAAUUGAUAAACAAUGAAUAUCAACUGUGCAAAGAUAAAGUUAGUCACAUACUUAGUUGAAAAAGAACAUGCCCUCUAAAUUUUGACAUGCACUUUGUCUUAGUAUCUUAAGAUCCGAAGGAAAAAUAUCCUGAUUCGGAUUUUUUCCAUAAUCUUAUUCAAAAUUUUCCAAACAAAUUCUAAAAUCCAGUUUUUUCGCUCCGGUUUUUCCGACAAAAAAGUUGUUUUAGAACGUUUCUUUAAAGUUGAUAGUUUUCGAGAUACAAGCGAUACAAUAUUUGAAAAAGUGCAAAAUAUUCCACUUUCAACCCCGAAAAAACACCCUCCCCCCCAUUUUAAUCGGCAUUAUAUCAAUUUAAAAAAGGUUUGCAAUAACAAUACCGGCUAAAAUGCUUUGAGAUUCUGUUAAUGGAUGUUAAGAAUAUUUACUAAGUUCACCAACAUGUAAACCUUUGUUUUUUCAUAUUGUCUUUCGGGAUCGAGGUGGCAUAUUUUGCACUUCUUCUAGAAAACUAUCAAGUUCCAAUUCCAAUUUCUUUGAGCAGGAUGUCCCAAAAAGCGUACAAACAUUUUGACCAGAGCGAAAAACAAUUUUUGGAAUUUGUUUAAGAAAUUUUUUCAACAAAUUUUUGACGCCAAUUUGAGCCUGGAAACAUGAAGAUUCGUUAAAAAGGGUUCUUUUUUAAUAACACUGCGAAAAAACCGAAUCAGACUAAUUUUCUCAUGGGAUGCGAAGAUACUACCCAGGCUAUAAUUAAUUCUGCAAGUUUAGGUUAAAUUUCGAAAGUAUGAAAUAGUUCUCGAUUCUGUACAUUAAAGUCAUCCCUUAAAACAAACUGCAAAUUGCUAAUGACAGUGAGUAGAAAUUGAAUAAAAUUUUAUAAAAGGAGUUGUAUACGGGUACACAUUGGUUUUUGUCGGAAUUUUUGUAAUACAGAAGGAGGAAACUAAAAUCGAUAAAAACUGACCAUUUUAAUCGUGGAAAGAUAAAUAUGUCAUAGGUGUUGUUGAAAAAGCAUGUCUACUAAAUUUUGACAUGCACAUUCUUUUUUUUUUUCAUUUUAAUCGAAAACUAUCAGUUAAUUCUGACAUGUAUUCUUCAAUUUUUCUACGUAAAGUGUUUAGCUGUAACCACUGUUUCUAUGUAAAUGUAUUUGUAUAUUUUUUCGUAUUUUCAACGCAUGUGUACGCUAUUUCUAACAUUUCUUACAAGAUGUGUUGUUAAAAACUGCGAGAUCAUUUAUUAUGCAGGUGUACAUUACUUUUUGUCAUCAUUGUCUAAGCUUUGUGGUAACAAAAGACACCGAUUUUUCGAGUAACUUGAGAUCUUUUCCUUUAAUGAGUUCCAUUCCAACAGCCUCCUUAUCGACCCUAAUCUCAAAUUGACGUCAGGUUCGGAUUCUACGCACUGGAUUUACUUAGCAGACGAGUUUCUGUCAUAAUUGAAGAUUACACAUGAAUAUUGACUAUUGAGUAGCGGACAAAAGUUUGGAAACAAAUAUUGACAUUAUUAUGAACUAUUUCAAAUACCUAUAUUAAAAUUCUAUGAAAAUGAAAACGCGUUUUUUUAACUACCAGUUUUUGUAACGACAAAAUUAUGGAAACUUUUUAGUUUCGCCGUAUUUAUUCGUUCUGCGAUUCUCUGUAAAUAUUAACAUCUGUGAGAAUGGUAAAAGUAAAAGGAUUUUCAAAAGAUUUAAGAGACAAAGUAAUUGAAUUAUUUAGAAGUGGUGUCAGAAAUGUUGACAUUUCUCAAAGAUUAAAAGUGAACAAAGGGACGAUUUCGAAAAUUAUUAGUAAAUAUCAAGAAUAUGGAUCAACAGCAAUGCGGUUCAGGUGCGGAAUACCGAAAAAAAACUGAUUGUUUUGGAUGGCUACAUUAAACGUUUGUCCCAUGAAGAUCCUCGAAUGCCAGUCACACAGAUUUUCAAAAGAAUCGUAGAAGAGGGUGCCGACAAUUUUUGUCAGAACCGUGCAGAGACGCUUUGUGGAUUUUGUGCUUUUUGGUAGGCGUCCAGUGCAAAAGCCUCUCUUUUAAAAAAAUCUUAUUGCUCGGCUUGAAUUUGCUAAAACUCAUCUACCUUGGACAGAACAGCAAUGGAAUACAGUUUUAUGGAGCGAUGAAAGCAAAUUUACCUUACUUGGAUCUGACGGUACGGCAUAUAUAAGACGUCCAGUACGAAAAAGAUUCGACAAAAAGUAUCAGUUGCCAACAGUUAAGCACGGUGGAGGCAACAUCAUGGUUUGAGGCUGUUUUUCUAGUUCUGUAACGGGUCCAAUUGUCAAAAUUGUUGGUAAAAUGGAUCAAAAACUUCACAAAGAUAUUCUUAAUGAACACACGCUCCCUUUUGCUGAAGAAGAAAUGCCUUUACGAUGGAUAUUCCAGCAAGAUAAUGAACCAAGUGUACCUCAAAAUUCGUGAAGGACUGGUUAAGACUAAAAAAUGUUAAUGUUCUUACAUGGCCUUCGCAAUCCCCGGACCUAAAACCCUAUAGAACGUCUGUGACCAUGUUAAAAGACAACUGACAAGAAAAACUUUUAAAAAUAGGAACGAUUAAUUUGAUUAUGUAAAAAAAUAUUUGGCAAAAUAUCCCAACAGACGUCUGUAAAGAAUUGGUGUCUUCUAUGAACAGCAGAGGUCAGGCAGUGUUAAUGUUAAAGGCUAUGCUACCAAAUAUCAGCAAAACAGCAU